GACUGGUCUCAUGAAAUGCAUCGUUUCCUCGACAGGCAAUAAAAAUCAGUCAGCCAUGUUCUGCCGCUUGGUCUCGUUUCUGUCAGCGCUCGCAAUGGUUGCAGCUCAGUGUCCAGACCCUUAUGUUCCACUCGACGAAACGAGGUGUAUUUUAUUGGAUGCUUUCGUCACUUACAAAUAUGAUGACGCGAUCAGCUACUGCAACGGUCAUGGCGGUACAAUCCUUACUAUCAACGACUGCGAGACAUUCGGAUUGAUAUACGAUUUCAUUCACACCGAAGUUGGGACGGCGAACCAUCAUUACUGGCUUGGUGCCAGUGACGCUGCUCAGGAGGGAACAUGGAAAUUUGUCAACAACCUACCAGUGCCAAUGGGUACCCCAUUCUGGGGUCCAAACCAGCCUACGCAGAGUACAACAAGCAACUGUGCAAUCCUCCACUAUAAUUACCAGCACAAGUGGUACGAAAUCGCUUGUACCAACGCUUACAACGUCAUUUGUCUCAGAAAUCUUUAAAUUUUAUUUAGAGAGGCAAGAGUUUUAGUCGUGUCAUUCAUGACUAUUGCGCUGGAUAUUUUGUGCAGGAGGAUCAACGAAAAAAUAUACGGUUAUCCUGAAUUAGUAGUGAAACAAAGAUAACUAAUCUAACUAACAU